AUGAAAUGCAAUAUCACGGAAAUCUCCAUUUUUUAUCAAGACGUUAAAAAUGGUGCAUCAUUUGUGAUUCAAAGAGAUCUUCAAGGAAAGCAAAAUAUGUUCGGAACGUUCAGCUUUGGAGGGGAGGAGUAUAGUAUGCAGACUUCAUCACAGAAAAACUUUUCCUCCUUUCAUGGAAGACUUGAAAAUGUUCAUCUUAUAAAAGAACGCAAAAGAAAUGUUAAUUUUGAUGACAUUUAUAAAAUUGGUGACAGUUUCAAAAGUCAGACAUAUUACCACAGACGAAAAAGAGCCACUGGAAGCCAAAAGAUAGAAUUACUUAUAUUUUGUGAUUAUGCUAUUUAUAGUUAUUGGUAUGCUAAGAGUAAAAAAUCCACAAUACAAGAAAAGGAAACAGACGCCCUGACAACAAUUCGACAAUAUUAUGCUUUUGUUCUGAACGGGAUGGACGCCAUGUAUAAAAAUAUACAAACUUCAGCUUACACUAUAUCUAUUUUAUUUACUGGAAUUAUUAUUUCUCAGACACCAGGUGACGCUCCAUGGACAGAAACUAUUAAAAAUACUGCAUUUACCCCGAAUAGAGUGGAUUCGACUGUUGGUUUAAGUAAUUUUCAGACAUGGGUAAAGCAACAAACCAGCUUACCAGAUCACGAUCAUGCAAUGUUGUUCACUAGAUAUGAUCUGACAGCAUCCGGGUUUACAGGAAAUGCAGGUCUCGCUUUCACUAGCGCUGUGUGUACAGAGAACAGCCAGUCCAUAGUAGAGGAAAGAUUUGAUUUCGUUGUCAUAACAACAGCAGCACAUGAACUGGGACACUGUUUGAGCGCUAACCAUGACGGUACUGGAAACCUAUGUAGUCCAUCUGACGCAUAUAUAAUGGCACCUUCUAGUAUGCCACAACAAGGUGCCAAUGCAGCUCACCCUUGGAUAUUCUCUUCGUGUUCUACACAAUAUUUUACCUCAUACAUCGAUCAACUUGAUUUGGCUAAUAACAACUGUAUGAAGACAUUAAGUCCAAGUUUUGACCCGACUGCCCAGUCUCCUUACGACCAGUUUCUGGCAGGACAGGUAUAUAAUGCAGAUAGUCAAUGUGUACAGCUGCACGGAGAUGGAUCAUACUUAUGCAGGGAACAAUAUAACAGCGAUUUUUCGACAAUAUGUAAUAUUCUUUGGUGUUACAAACCAGACGAUGCCCAAUGCCAUUCAGCGGUUGCAGGCAGAGGAACUCUAUGUGGCAACCAAAAGUGGUGUGUUUCUGGCGUGUGUACCCAGGAUGUUAAAGCCCCCAAAGGGAACGAAAAUUGUUUAUAUGGUGACAGGAAAGGUAUUUUAUUUAGUAACCUUGGUUGGACAUGCGCAGAUGCGUAUGCUAACGAUCCAGGCCUCUGUACUUCUCAACCUGCUGUGUCUCAAUUUUGUUGUGGUUCAUGUUUCCCUGAAACAACGACAUUGCCUAUUUCAACACAACAUUAUGUCACUAGUACAGAACAUCUUACAACAGAGGGCUCGGAUACAACAACGCCGGUAAAGACAACUCAUAUAGAACCGGAAACCACGUCAGAAACUAUAACAACAAUUGAAACAUCUACUGAAUCAAAAACUACAACUCCCGCAAUUCACACAACAAUGGCAGAUACAACAACACCACAAGUAAUAACGACCAACCCUUCAACAACUUUAAAUGUGGCUACAACACCUAAAUCAUCAACACAGCAAGCUGUUACUACAACAGUUUCCGCUCGAACAACAAAAACUGAAUCUAUAACAACUGAAAGUGCGACAACAACAACGGAAUUAACAACGACACCAGAAGAAACAUCAAUAAUAACAACAAAACAUGUAAAACCUACAACAACUGUUCAAACCACAACGGCCCAAAAAGAUGUGACAACCAAAGCUGUUACUUCAACAACAGAAUCAACACCCACUGAGCAAGUAACAUUAGUGUCGACAUUCACAACUCAGCAGCCAGAGACAUCUACUGUCAAUGUAACUAAUGUUGUGGAUAAUAUUUUCGAUAUUAUAGCUAACAAUAGAUUGAAUUAA